CAAAAAAAAAAAAAAAGCAAAGAAAGAUGAGGUCGAGGUUGAAGUUAUCGCUCAUAGCUAACAACUACUUGAGGAAACAAAGAUUCAAGAAGAGGAAGGCAGGGAUAGAGAAGAAACUCCAUGAGUUCACGACUCUCUGCGGUGUGAAAGCCUGUGCGGUCAUCUGCAGCCCGUACGAGAAUCCGGUGGUGUGGCCGUCAAGGGAAGGCGUCCAAGAGGUGGUUUCGAAGGUUAUGGAGUUACCGGUGGAAGAUCAGUGCAAGUAUAUGUUUAAUCACGAGACCUAUUUGCGUCGCGAAAUCACCAAAGCAGAGAAGCAAGUGGAAAAGCUGCGUAGUGACAACCGAGAGAGUCAGCUUAGACAAUUUAUGUUUGAUUGUCUCGAAGGCAAGAUGAAUCAGCGCCCGUAUGAUGCAACGGACCUUCAAGAUCUGAGAUCUUAUAUUGGUAGCUAUAUCAAGAAGCUUGAUUUCAGGAUGAAGGUCCUUGCAAAUGAAAAUGGUGAGUCCUCUUCCUCCACUCUGCUUCUUCCUUCUUCAGUUGCUGGUGAGGUUACGGGUCCUGCGGAUGCAUCUAUGGUAACUGCUCUUAAUGGAUUUUAUGGUUAUUUUCCUUAUGACGGUAUGACUAUGAAUCCGAUUCCGAAUCAGCAUGAGUCGUUGGUUCAACACCAUGUUCCUGUUGACUCGGUUCAAUACCAUACUCCCAUGAAUUUUGAUGAUCAGAUUCAACAUGGAAUCUAUGAUAUGAAUUUGCACCAGGAUAUGAGUUUGGAUCCAGUUCAGCCUUCGUAUCCACAGGGAUCAUUCAUGAAUCUCUUGAUGGGACAUCCUCAACAAAUGGGUUAUGAUGAAGAGCAUGCUCACAACCCUCUUAUGAACGGCAACUAUCACCAGCUCCCAACCAUGGAUUUUGCUGCAACUGGUCACAUGCCUUCCAUCAACACCAACACUAUUGCGGGUGUUUAUGCUCCUGAUGACAUCAAUGGUCUUUAAUCAGAAGAUGUGGAUUUCUAAUAACUGUUUUGGUUUUGUGUUUGUUCAUUUCAAAGGACAAAUAUUUAAUUUGAUGAUGUUUUUAACUUUCUAGUCCUCUCUACCUUCGAAUGGAUUCUAUUAUUUAUGCUAUUAGGUAAUGUAUCAAAAUGUUGACCAAAAAAAAAAAAAAAAAUAGUAAUCUAUCGAAAUUUUAUUUAUA